AUGUUAUUGACUGCAAAAAUACUUGUUUUUACCGUGAAUGUUUUCCUAAGAGUGGCAACAGGCUUGGACAUUGGAUUAUCCACGAAAUGCGUAGUGAUACCCAAGGAGAUGGGCAUGUGCCACAAGAUUGGAUAUUCUGAAAUGAGACUUCCCAACCUGAUGGGACACACAAGCAUGGCAGAGGUUAUCCAAAAAUCCACCACCUGGCAGCACCUUGUACACACAGACUGCCACCCUCACGUGAGGACGUUCCUGUGCUCCCUGUUUGCACCCAUCUGUUUAGACACGUUCAUCCAUCCUUGUAGGAGUAUGUGUGCUGCUGUCCGUGACAGCUGCGCCCCGGCGCUCCUCUGCCACGGCCACCCCUGGCCUGCCAGCCUGGACUGCGACCGAUUCCCGGGAGAUGAGGACGUGUGCCUGGCGCCUCUCACGAAGGACUAUAAACACCUGCACAAAGUCCUACCAAAGCCUACCUGCCAGACCUGCCCAGCAGUGGAGGAAUUCUUUACACACAAAAGAGUUCUUGAAGUUUUCUGUGAUAGUAACUUUGCAGUGAAAGUAAAGCUGUCCAAGAAAAGAACAGCAUUUGAGGACCAAGAGUAUAACAUUGAAUGCCAGGUGGAAUUCAUUACCCAGGGCUCACUCUUGCCCUAUGAAACUCAGAGUAUGAUACAACAGUGGCUGCUAAUUAAUGAAAAAUGUAUAGAGAGGAUGAGCCCAACCCACCGUCCCAUGGUGUAUCUCCUUGUGGGGAAUAUUGAAGAGGGCAUCAUUUUGGUAAAACAGGUUUAUCGCUGGCAGAGGAAGGAUUCACAGCUGACUUUGGCUACUCAGAAGUGGAGAUACCAUAAAUGCUUGUAA